ACAUAGUUUUACAUAUAUGGCCUCGACUUGUAUAUCGAGCUGCAUCGAAGAUGCCCGUGUUCCGGUGAGAGCAAGCUACGUCAACCUCUACAAGUGGCCGGAAUCCGACUACGAAUUCGUCCGGUCGAUGAGCUCCAAAACCGUCCGGAAAAACACUGUUUCCCCCGGCCAUAAUUCCGUCUACGGCCACCCUAGGGUGGUCGACAGCGUCUCAUGCAGGCAGUUAUAUCUGAGAAGCUACACUUUCUCCAGGGAGGAAGAUUACACCCAUGAAAACACCGCCGCCAUCAAAUGCCUCGGCCGCCGGAGUAAGGACAAGACGGCCGCCGACGAACACUCUAAGAAUAGAAAGUCCGGUGGUCGGAAGAAGCGACCGGAGGUGAAGAGGAGUAAGUCGGUGUCGUCGUGCUCCGCCCUGGCUUCCAUUUUCCGGCGGCUGCUCUCUUGCACCACCAAGAUUGAUGUUGCCAAUUGAUGAUUCGUCCUAUAAUAUAUUAAUAUUAUAUUAUACUUUUUUUUUUGAUAUAUAUAUAUAAUUAUUUUCUGCCCUU